AUGAAGAGUAUUGUGAUGUUAGUGUUGGCUGUAGCCAUGGUGUACUUCAUGGUGAAGCCUGGAGAAGCCGUCCAAUGUGGCCAAGUUGCAGCAUCUUUGGCGCCUUGCAUGCCUUACUUGGAAGCCAAGGGAGAUCUUUCAACUGCAUGCUGUGAUGGAGUGAGGAAUAUCAAGGCAAUCACUCCAACAACUACAGAUAGACAAGAAGCUUGUGAGUGUGUGAAGUCAGCUGCUGCUAAGCAUCCAGAGAUCAAACAAGAUGCAGCUUCAUCUCUUCCUGGAAAAUGUGGGGUUCCAUUGAACAUUCCCAUCUCUAAGUACACAAACUGUGCAAAGUGA